AUGGGCAUACGAACACUCAGACUGCUCAAACAAGCCGGAGUAUUAAAAUCCAGCGAUGCCAAUUACGGUCAGAUGGGUGAAGCGGCAGAACCGAUGGUCAACGCGGACGGGACCCCGGUCAUGAAAGAGCAAAAAACGUACCAGGAUGACACGUGCAAGGGGCGAUGUCUGUACUACGCGUGUUGUCGAUGCUCGAAACGAUACUACACUGCAUGGUUGUCCAGUCUGGGCUUUAUGAUCACAUUCGGUAUUCGGUGCAACAUGGCAUGGGCCAUGCUGAGCAUGCAAGCACGACACAAGAAUUUUACGCAACAUCUGCAUAUGAUGGGACACGGACAUCAUCUGACUCCACCGAAUGCCACACAUCACGUGUCACAUCACCUGGGCAAUGGUGUACAUUCAGAUCCCGGUCACGUGGUCGACCUGGCCGGUAUUUUGAAUGUGACUACGGGAACUUCGUACCCGGCGUGUCAUGGGAUAUGGCGUUAUUGGGCUCCACCACUGGAACGAUCUCGCUUGGCCACUAUAGCAUUUUGCGGUUCCUACGCUGGGGCAGUGCUUGGCCUGUCGCUAUCGGGUCUGUUGGCUGAAAAACUUGGAUGGCAAGCCCCAUUCUACACAUACGGCUGUCGUCUCGAGGUAAAUCUCCGUCCAAAUGGCUCCUACAAAGCAAACUGCUGCAAAUCCACGGGAGACAAGGCUUCCCGCAAACAGCUGGCCACAAAGACAGCUAGCAACAGCGCACCCGUCACUGGUGUUGUGAAGAAACCGCAUCGCUACAGGCACGGGGCUGUCGCGCUUCGUGAAAUCCGUCGCUACGAAAAAAGCACGGAAUUGUUGAUUUGCAAACGGUCGUUCCAACGUCUUGUCCCUUAG